AUGAGAACUCUGAAUAAGAAGCAAGAAGAGAUCGAAGCCUCCAUAAACAUCAUGAAUGAAGAAAAAGAACAGGUCAACGAGAUGAAAACUGACAUUGACAAAGAAAGAGAACUGUUGUUGGAUGAAAAGAGAAUUAUGGAAGAAGAAAGGUCUGAGCUGAAAAUGAGAGAAAAACAACUCAUGGAUAAAAUGAAGAUGAAAGACACCCUGAAAGUGAAAGUUGAUGAGCUGAAGGAGAACAUAAAACAGAAAAUGGGCAGAUUACUACAAGGCCAUGAAGCUGUACUAAGGCUGAUUGCUGUGUUGGAAGAAAAGCAUGCAAAUUGUGAUGAACAGAAAGAAAAUAUUGUCAAUGUUACUGAAAUGUUAGAGAGAGAAAAGGAAACUCUACAAUGUAUCCGCUCAGACUUGGUCACCCACAGAGACUGCAUGGAAAAUGAAUGGAAGCAGCAGUUUGAGUUGGAAAGACAAGAUCUUGAUGAGCUGAAAGCAGAUCUGACACGUGACAGAGACGUUCUGGAUAGAGAAGCUGAGACAAUAAAUAAAGAGAAACUGGACUUGAAGCUGAUGAGAUCUGAAAUCCAGAAACAAUUCGAUAUAUUGGAACAAAAGAAACAAAAAAUAACAGAAGAAAGAGACUCAGUGGAAAUCUCAAAGACUGAACUACUACACAAUAUGGAACAUGUAACCAGCCUCUUUAAUUUGAUAAAUGAGGAGAAAGCAAAUAUUAGAACUCUGAGAGUUCAGGUUCAAACUGAAAGAGAAAGAAUAGAAAAUAUCAUGAGUAACCUUACCUUAAAGGAAGAAGAACAAAGAGGGAAGGAAGAUGACCUCAGAAGACAAACAGAAGAACUGGAGAGUCUGAUGAGAACUCUGAAUAAGAAGCAAGAAGAGAUCGAAGCCUCCAGAAACAUCAUGAAUGAAGAAAAAGAACAGGUCAACGAGAUGAAAACUGACAUUGACAAAGAAAGAGAACUGAUGUUGGAUGAAAAGAGAAAUAUGGAAGAAGAAAGGUCUGAGCUGAAAAUGAGAGAAAAACAACUCAUGGAUAAAAUGAAGAUGAAAGCCACCCUGAAAGUGAAAGUUGAUGAGCUGAAGGAGAACAUAAAACAGAAAAUGGGCAGAUUACUACAAGGCCAUGAAGCUGUACUAAGGCUGAUCGCUGUGUUGGAAGAAAAGCAUGCAAAUUGUGAUGAACAGAAAGAAAAUAUUGUCAAUGUUACUGAAAUGUUAGAGAGAGAAAGGGAAACUCUAGAAUGUAUCCGCUCAGACUUGGUCACCCACAGAGACUGCAUGGAAAAUGAAUGGAAGCAGCAGUUUGAGUUGGAAAGACAAGAUCUUGAUAAGCUGAAAGCAGAUCUGACACGUGACAGAGACGUUCUGGAUAGAGAAGCUGAGACAAUAAAUAAAGAGAAACUGGACUUGAAGCUGAUGAGAUCUGAAAUCCAGAAACAAUUCGAUAUAUUGGAACAAAAGAAACAAAAAAUAACAGAAGAAAGAGACUCAGUGGAAAUCUCAAAGACUGAACUACUACACAAUAUGGAACAUGUAACCAGCCUCUUUAAUUUGAUAAAUGAGGCGAAAGCAAAUAUUAGAACUCUGAGAGUUCAGGUUCAAACUGAAAGAGAAAGAAUAGAAAAUAUCAUGAGUAACCUUACCUUAAAAGAAAAAGAAAAAGGAGGGAAGGAAGAUGACCUCAGAAGACAAACAGAAGAACUGGAGAGUCUGAUGAGAACUCUGAAUAAGAAGCAAGAAGAGAUCGAAGCCUCCAUAAACAUCAUGAAUGAAGAAAAAGAACAGGUCAACAAGAUGAAAACUGACAUUGACAAAGAAAGAGAACUGUUGUUGGAUGAAAAGAGAAAUAUGGAAGAAGAAAGGUCUGAGCUGAAAAUGAGAGAAAAACAACUCAUGGAUAAAAUGAAGAUGAAAGACACCCUGAAAGUGAAAGUUGAUGAGCUGAAGGAGAACAUAAAACAGAAAAUGGGCAGAUUACUACAAGGCCAUGAAGCUGUACUAAGGCUGAUUGCUGUGUUGGAAGAAAAGCAUGCAAAUUGUGAUGAACAGAAAGAAAAUAUUGUCAAUGUUACUGAAAUGUUAGAGAGAGAAAGGGAAACUCUACAAUGUAUCCGCUCAGACUUGGUCACCCACAGAGACUGCAUGGAAAAUGAAUGGAAGCAGCAGUUUGAGUUGGAAAGACAAGAUCUUGAUGAGCUGAAAGCAGAUCUGACACGUGACAGAGACGUUCUGGAUAGAGAAGCUGAGACAAUAAAUAAAGAGAAACUGGACUUGAAGCUGAUGAGAUCUGAAAUCCAGAAACAAUUCGAUAUAUUGGAACAAAAGAAACAAAAAAUAACAGAAGAAAGAGACUCAGUGGAAAUCUCAAAGACUGAACUACUACACAAUAUGGAACAUGUAACCAGCCUCUUUAAUUUGAUAAAUGAGGAGAAAGCAAAUAUUAGAACUCUGAGAGUUCAGGUUCAAACUGAAAGAGAAAGAAUAGAAAAUAUCAUGAGUAACCUUACCUUAAAGGAAGAAGAACAAAGAGGGAAGGAAGAUGACCUCAGAAGACAAACAGAAGAACUGGAGAGUCUGAUGAGAACUCUGAAUAAGAAGCAAGAAGAGAUCGAAGCCUCCAUAAACAUCAUGAAUGAAGAAAAAGAACAGGUCAACGAGAUGAAAACUGACAUUGACAAAGAAAGAGAACUGUUGUUGGAUGAAAAGAGAAAUAUGGAAGAAGAAAGGUCUGAGCUGAAAAUGAGAGAAAAACAACUCAUGGAUAAAAUGAAGAUGAAAGACACCCUGAAAGUGAAAGUUGAUGAGCUGAAGGAGAACAUAAAACAGAAAAUGGGCAGAUUACUACAAGGCCAUGAAGCUGUACUAAGGCUGAUCGCUGUGUUGGAAGAAAAGCAUGCAAAUUGUGAUGAACAGAAAGAAAAUAUUGUCAAUGUUACUGAAAUGUUAGAGAGAGAAAGGGAAACUCUACAAUGUAUCCGCUCAGACUUGGUCACCCACAGAGACUGCAUGGAAAAUGAAUGGAAGCAGCAGUUUGAGUUGGAAAGACAAGAUCUUGAUAAGCUGAAAGCAGAUCUGACACGUGACAGAGACGUUCUGGAUAGAGAAGCUGAGACAAUAAAUAAAGAGAAACUGGACUUGAAGCUGAUGAGAUCUGAAAUCCAGAAACAAUUCGAUAUAUUGGAACAAAAGAAACAAAAAAUAACAGAAGAAAGAGACUCAGUGGAAAUCUCAAAGACUGAACUACUACACAAUAUGGAACAUGUAACCAGCCUCUUUAAUUUGAUAAAUGAGGAGAAAGCAAAUAUUAGAACUCUGAGAGUUCAGGUUCAAACUGAAAGAGAAAGAAUAGAAAAUAUCAUGAGUAACCUUACCUUAAAAGAAGAAGAACAAAGAGGGAAGGAAGAUGACCUCAGAAGACAAACAGAAGAACUGGAGAGUCUGAUGAGAACUCUGAAUAAGAAGCAAGAAGAGAUCGAAGCCUCCAGAAACAUCAUGAAUGAAGAAAAAGAACAGGUCAACAAGAUGAAAACUGACAUUGACAAAGAAAGAGAACUGAUGUUGGAUGAAAAGAGAAAUAUGGAAGAAGAAAGGUCUGAGCUGAAAAUGAGAGAAAAACAACUCAUGGAUAAAAUGAAGAUGAAAGCCACCCUGAAAGUGAAAGUUGAUGAGCUGAAGGAGAACAUAAAACAGAAAAUGGGCAGAUUACUACAAGGCCAUGAAGCUGUACUAAGGCUGAUCGCUGUGUUGGAAGAAAAGCAUGCAAAUUGUGAUGAACAGAAAGAAAAUAUUGUCAAUGUUACUGAAAUGUUAGAGAGAGAAAAGGAAACUCUAGAAUGUAUCCGCUCAGACUUGGUCACCCACAGAGACUGCAUGGAAAAUGAAUGGAAGCAGCAGUUUGAGUUGGAAAGACAAGAUCUUGAUAAGCUGAAAGCAGAUCUGACACGUGACAGAGACGUUCUGGAUAGAGAAGCUGAGACAAUAAAUAAAGAGAAACUGGACUUGAAGCUGAUGAGAUCUGAAAUCCAGAAACAAUUCGAUAUAUUGGAACAAAAGAAACAAAAAAUAACAGAAGAAAGAGACUCAGUGGAAAUCUCAAAGACUGAACUACUACACAAUAUGGAACAUGUAACCAGCCUCUUUAAUUUGAUAAAUGAGGAGAAAGCAAAUAUUAGAACUCUGAGAGUUCAGGUUCAAACUGAAAGAGAAAGAAUAGAAAAUAUCAUGAGUAACCUUACCUUAAAAGAAGAAGAACAAAGAGGGAAGGAAGAUGACCUCAGAAGACAAACAGAAGAACUGGAGAGUCUGAUGAGAACUCUGAAUAAGAAGCAAGAAGAGAUCGAAGCCUCCAGAAACAUCAUGAAUGAAGAAAAAGAACAGGUCAACGAGAUGAAAAAUGACAUUGACAAAGAAAGAGAACUGUUGUUGUAUUAA